UUCCAGUUCCGGUAUAUUAAAAAAGAAUAAUAAUAAAAUGUAUUAUGUUUGUUCAUUUUUGUACGUGUUAUUCUAAAGAUUGAUUUAAAACAUGAUUACUCUCUCCAAGAAGCUGAGACAACAAAGUCAAGUAAAGAAGGAUGUCGCGGAGACUGCUAGUCCAAAGCGCAUUUCUGUCCGAGAUAAACUCUUGAUAAAAGAGGUUCAAGACAUGGCCGAGAACUUGCCGAGAACUUGCCGAACCCAUUUCGACGAUGUGAACAGGCUGUCCAACUUCCUGCUGAUAAUCACACCCGACGAGGGCUACUGGCUCGGAGGAAAGUUCAAGUUCCUCAUAGAAGUUCCAGAAGACUAUAACAUUGAGCCUCCAUCAGUUAUAUGUCAGACAAAGAUCUGGCAUCCCAACAUCACUGAAAAUGGAGAAGUUUGUCUUAGCUUGCUGCGACAGAAGUCAUAUGAUGGAAUGGGAUGGGCACCAACAAGAGCUCUAAAAGAUGUAGUAUGGGGUUUGAACUCUCUCUUCUCAGAUUUAGUCAAUUUUGAUGAUCCGUUGAACGUGGAUGCUGCUGAACAUUACUCAAGAGACAAGGAAUCCUUCAAGGCCAAAGUAAAAGACUAUAUAUCUCAAUAUGCCAGAAGAUAAUGGCGCUCUCGUUCUGGUUUUAAUAAGACACAACUUUGUGAUUUGAAGUUUUCCUGUGUUGUGGCUAGAGUGAUUUAGCUGAAGACCUGUGUGCAAUUGUGUUCUGUGACCCUUAAAUCUUCGUGAAGUCAGUAUCUAAGUCAGAGAGAGAGAGAGAGAGAGAGAGAGAGAGAGAGAGAGAGAGAGAGAGAGAGAGAGAGAGAGAGAGAGAGAGAGAGAGAGAGAGAGAGAGAGAGAGAGAGAGAGAGAGAGUG